AUGUCUUUCUUAGAGUUAGAACACUCUAAAGAGAACAAGUUUAAAGAAGACUCAGAAUUUGAAUCAGAAUCGGAAGAGUUGACUCUUGAUGGAAGUGUUGAUUUCUAUAACCGUCCAGCAAUCAGAGCCAAAUCUGGAAGAUGGAGUGCUGCAACCAUCAUACUCUUGAACCAAUGUCUGGCAACUCUGGCGUUCUUUGGGAUUGGAGUGAACCUAGUGGUAUUCCUGACAAGGGUGGUAGGACAAAGUAAUGCAGAAGCUGCAAACAAUGUGAGCAAAUGGACUGGAACUGUCUACAUAUUCUCUCUUGUGGGAGCUUUCCUUAGUGACUCUUAUUGGGGAAGAUAUAAAACAUGUGCCGUCUUUCAAGUCAUUUUUGUAAUAGGUUUAAUGUCCUUAUCACUGUCAUCAUACCUCUUCUUGAUUAAACCAAGAGGCUGUGGAAAUGAAUCGAUUCCGUGUGGAAAACAUUCAAGUUUGGAAAUGGCGAUGUUCAACCUUUCAAUCUAUCUCAUUGCGUUAGGGAAUGGAGGUUAUCAACCAAAUAUUGCCACAUUCGGAGCUGAUCAGUUUGACGAGGAGCAUUCGAGAGAGGGUCACAAUAAAGUGGCAUUUUUCAGCUACUUCUACCUAGCUUUGAACUUUGGGCAACUCUUUUCAAACACCAUUCUGGUCUAUUUUGAGGAUGAAGGAAUGUGGGCUCUUGGUUUUUGGCUGUCUGCAGGCUCUGCCUUUGCUGCGCUGAUACUGUUUCUAGUAGGCACCCCAAGGUACCGACAUUUCAAGCCUAGUGGCAACCCGCUUGCUAGGUUUUGCCAAGUCCUUGUGGCCGCAUCAAGGAAAGUGAAAGUUCAAAUGCCAUCAAACGGAGAUGAUUUGUAUAACAUGGAUACAAAGGAGUCUUCCGCCAAUAUGAACAGAAAAAUCCUCCAUACUCACGGGUUCAAGUUCUUGGAUAGGGCAGCGUUUAUAUCUUCAAGAGAUCUUGAUAACCAGAAAUGUGCAAGUUACAGUCCAUGGCGUCUUUGUCCUGUAAGUCAAGUUGAAGAAGUGAAGUGCAUACUGAGACUUCUUCCGAUUUGGCUCUGCACGAUAAUAUACUCGGUGGUUUUCACACAAAUGGCUUCUCUUUUUGUGGAGCAAGGUGCUGCCAUGAAAACUACUGUUUCCAAUUUCAAAGUACCACCAGCUAGCAUGUCUAGCUUUGAUAUUAUUAGUGUGGCUGUCUUCAUUUUCUUUUACCGUCGAAUUCUUGACCCAUUUGUGGGAAAGCUUAAAAAGUCAGAUUCUAAGGGCCUUACCGAGCUUCAGAGAAUGGGAGUUGGACUUGUUAUAGCUGUGAUAGCAAUGCUUUCAGCUGGAAUAGUUGAAUGCUAUAGGCUUAAGCAUGCAAACCAAACAUGCACCCAUUGCAAAGAGUCGAGUACUUUGAGCAUCUUCUGGCAAAUCCCUCAGUACACAUUUAUAGGAGCUUCUGAGGUGUUUAUGUAUGUAGGGCAGUUAGAGUUCUUCAAUGCUCAGACACCAGAUGGCUUAAAGAGCUUCGGAAGUGCACUUUGCAUGACAUCCAUUUCCCUUGGCAACUAUGUAAGUAGCUUACUUGUCAGUAUAGUUAUGAAGAUAUCUACCGAGGAUCAUAUGCCAGGGUGGAUCCCAGGAAACCUCAAUAAAGGCCACCUAGAUAGGUUUUACUUCCUCCUAGCAGCCUUGACAUCGAUGGACUUGAUCGCCUAUAUUGCAUGUGCAAAGUGGUACAAGAGUAUACAGCUGGGCGAGAAACCCAAAGAAAAUGAUGACCCAAGUAGCUUCACAGUCUAA